ACACCAAGCACGUAGCAUUCAUGGUAGCAUCCAAAAAUAACUCAUUAGAGCUUUAGUUUCGCACUAUCGUGUUCACAUGUGGCGUAUUAGAACUAUCUGGUUAUAUUUAACUUCAUAAAGAAGACAAACGUUUUUCUUAUUAUAAUGAGUGCUCACGCUGCAUCGUUACCCUGCCCAGUAUGUUCACAUAAUGGUGUAUUUGAAUCAGUGCAGUCAUUAAGGGAUAGGCUAAUACAUGUGUCAACAAAUAAAUUACUGUGUCCAGUGUGUCAGGAAGAAGUGUUUGGUUUAGAUAAACUUACGAUACAUUUGUUUAGUCAUGUGAAAAUAUUGACAACAAAAGGAAAAGAAAAGGACAAGUUAAUAGUGCCUCAUGAAAAAUCAAGCUCUGAAAGUCAAGUGAUAACGCAGCAGAAAAAAACGAAAACGUCCGUAGUUAAAAAUAAAUCAUCGCCAUCUACAACAAAUGCUCCUGUUAAAUUCGUGAAAAUUUAUCCAAAACUGCCAGUAGUGUCUGUGAACACAGUUCCUGUUAUAGAUAUUUCCAGACGCACCGAAUCUGUUCAAGGUAGUGAACCAAUGUUUGUGAAAACUGAAACAGCACUAGUCCAAACAAACACAACAUGUAACAUAUGUGGCUUACAAUUUAUUGACGCCAAUAUUUUGAGGAUGCAUAGAUGCUUGAUUCACAAUAUUGAUGAAAAUUCGAAUCAAACUUUUACUCGUUACCAUUGCCAUUUGUGCCCAAAAAACUUCAAAAUGAGGGGAUCUUUAAUGGUACAUUUGAGGGUAGCACACUUCGGAUUUUUGUCGGGUAAUUCAAAUUAUGACACUACCAAAGAUAAAUGUUUGGAAGGAAAUUCAGAACAACCAGAUGAAAAACUAUCACAUUUGGAACGGAAUGACAAUAAACAAUGGCAAUGUGAAGUAUGCCGCAAAUGUUUCACGACCAAAUAUUUCCUGAAGAAACAUAAACGUCUUCACACAGGUGAAACUCCUUACGCUUGUGCACAAUGUAACAAAACGUUUACAUUUCAACAGUCGUAUCAUAAACAUCUGCUAUACCAUAACGACGAGAAGCCUCAUACAUGUACUUACUGUGGACGUGCUUUUAAAGAAUUAUCUACGCUUCACAAUCAUCAACGUAUUCAUACGGGUGAAAAACCUUUCUCUUGCGAAACUUGUGGAAAAUGUUUUCGCCAAAGGGUUUCGUAUCUGGUUCACAGGCGUAUUCACACGGGUGUCAUGCCAUACAAAUGCACAGCUUGUCAAAAAAGUUUUCGAUACAAAGUAUCACAGAGAACUCACAAGUGCCAAGCGCAACCACCCGGAACUGUUGUCAGACAAGCAGGAGAACUGGUUGAAAAACUUAAACAAAAACAUAUUGAACCGGAUGAUAAAAUAGCCGAUAAGCAAGUUACUGCCAUUGAAAAUUUAACUUAUACUGAUGUUUCUGAAGCUAACGCUGAAUUAGUCCGCACAGGAGCUAAAUUAUCACUAGAAGACAUGGAAUCGGAGCAUUUUUCUUUAAUAGCCGAAAAUUUUAACGAAAUAGGGGAAUGUAACAAAUCUCUAGGGUCAGGAACAGUGCAAAAUACUACAUUGUCAGAUACGGGUGAUGAUGUAAUUUUUAACCAAAACAUUGAAGAAUUAAUAGAUUCUAUACCAAUACAAGAUAAAAAUGUUCCAUCACCUUCAGAAAUUCUGAAAAAUCUAUGUUUAUCAAAGGACGACGACUAUAUUGGAAUUCUUCAAACUUCGAGUGAAGAGAAAACUUACGAAAUUUGUAAAGACUUCAAUGUGUUUCUCUAACUUAGUAUCUUCUUAAAAAGUAUUAAAUAUAUGUUAAAAAAAACUCUUUUAGUUUUACUUUAUACGUGAAAUCUCUCGGAAGUAGUAAGAAACUGCCCUAACAAGUAAAAAUUGGUUUUGCUGUAGUGAAGAAAUAACAAAGUAAAAAUGUAAAAUCCCUACUUUUCGUUGUGUUUCAACCAUUCGGUGUUGUUACAAUCCAAAAAUAUUUUGUUUAACUUGGCCAGAAUAGUUUUUAAAAAGGAUAAUACAAACAUUUUCGAAUGUAUUUAUUUACGUUAUAUAUGUGUUAAAACAUUACAAAAAUGUGUAUUUUGUUUUAAUAUCAUUCGGAUUAUGUCAAUACAAUUUGAUGA